UUGUCAAUGUCAAUGUCACCAAAAUGAUAUCGGCCUGCAAAUCGGCCCCUCCCUCCCUUCGCCUACCGCUAUCUUUCUCUCAGAAGUUGCAACCAUGGCGGCCGGGGUACUUUACACCUAUCCAGAAAACUUCCGGGCAUACAAGGCGUUGAUCGCCGCACAGUACUCGGGAGUAGACGUGAAAGUGGCCCCUAACUUUGUGUUCGGUGAAACUAAUAAGUCAGCAGAGUUCUUGAAAAAGUUUCCAGCCGGUAAAGUUCCAGCCUACGAAAGUGCUGACGGCAAGGUUCUACUAUCGGAAAGCAAUGCUAUUGCUUAUUAUGUGUCCAACGCCGCGCUACGAGGCACGGACGCGGCCACGCAGGCGCGCAUCUGGCAGUGGGCGUCCUGGGCAGACAGUGAGCUGCUGCCUGCAUCCUGCGCCUGGGUCUUCCCAUAUCUUGGCAUCAUGCAGUUCAACAAACAGAACGUAGAGCGUGCGAAGCAGGACCUGUUGGCGGCAUUGAAAGUACUGGACGCGCACUUGCUGACCCGCACCUUCCUCGUCACCGAGCGCGUCACCCUGGCCGACAUCAUCGUCUUCUGCACGCUCAUACACGCGUUCCAGGUAAGGCGCGGCCCGCCGCCCAGCCCGGUCGACAUCUCGGACAUUACUCGUCGGCCCUCCGCGGGCCACAGUUCGACAUCUCGGACAUUACUCGUCGGCCCGCCGCGGGCCACAGGUCGACAUCUCGGACAUUACUCGUCGGCCCGUCGCGGGCCACAGUUCGACAUCUCGGACAUUACUCGUCGGCCCGCCGCGGGCCACAGGUCGACAUCUCGGACAUUACUCGUCGGCCCGUCGCGGGCCACAGUUCGACAUCUCGGACAUUACUCGUCGGCCCGCCGCGGGCCACAGGUCGACAUCUCGGACAUUACUCGUCGGCCCGUCGCGGGCCACAGUUCGACAUCUCGGACAUUACUCGUCGGCCCGCCGCGGGCCACAGGUCGACAUCUCGGACAUUACUCGUCGGCCCGUCGCGGGCCACAGUUCGACAUCUCGGACAUUACUCGUCGGCCCGCCGCGGGCCACAGGUCGACAUCUCGGACAUUACUCGUCGGCCCGUCGCGGGCCACAGUUCGACAUCUCGGACAUUACUCGUCGGCCCGCCGCGGGCCACAGGUCGACAUCUCGGACAUUACUCGUCGGCCCGUCGCGGGCCACAGUUCGACAUCUCGGACAUUACUCGUCGGCCCGCCGCGGGCCACAGGUCGACAUCUCGGACAUUACUCGUCGGCCCGUCGCGGGCCACAGUUCGACAUCUCGGACAUUACUCGUCGGCCCGCCGCGGGCCACAGGUGUGUUGCAGGCAUGUUCCAGCGACUGGACAAGAUGCGCAAGCAGGCGUUCGCGUCCGUCUGUCUGUUCGGCUCCGACAACGACUCCACCAUCUCCGGCGUCUGGGUGUGGCGCGGACAGGAGCUCGCCUUCCCGCUGUCGCCAGACUGGCAGAUAGACUACGAGUCCUACGACUGGAAAAAGCUGGACCCCGCCAGCCCUGACACCAAGAAGCUGGUGCAGGAUUACUUCUCGUGGACCGGAGUAGACAAGCAGGGCCGCAAGUUCAACCAGGGCAAGAUCUUCAAAUGAGCGUCGCUUUGCUUUACCUGUAUUGUAUAAAGUACUUGCAUUUAUUUUGUAUUGUACCGCUGUCUGCCCGACCGGAGACUCGUGUCUUUAUAAUCCUGAAUGGGCAGUUGAAAUAAAUUGUUUUUUAUUUAUGCACA